GUAUUCACUGCCCCUAACUACAGUAUUUACCUAGAUUCUUUAAAUAAAAGAUUCAUUAUAAUGUGUGUGUGUAUGUAUAUCUUUUUUAUUGGAUAUUUUUAGACAUUUUUGGAGGUACAUGGAAAGAGCAGCCAUUGCCUGUUCCAACUCAAGAAGUGUUCUACAUGUGACUAUUGCACUGUACUUCAGCCACCUCGUGUGCCUGAUUUGGAUGAGUUAUACUUUCUACCAGACCCUGUACCAGGAGAUGAUGGUCAUUACUUGGGACUUCUUGGAGGUAUAUGGCCGAGAAACGAAUGAUAAUCACAGACCUGGUGCCGCUCCAGCCAAUGCCCAGAGCGAAGUUGACAGGCAAAAUCGUGAAUUGUUCAAAAGUCAAAAGGUCCGGGAUGUUGUGUUUUGUGGAGAAUGCAGCAAACCACGCUGCGUUUAUAGCAACAAAAAAAUGACAACAGAACAAGAGGAGCUUCUUAGACGAAUCAAGGAGGACAGAUUCUAUUCUUGUGGUGGCUCCCUUCUUCCUGCAGACAGCGACAACUUGGGAUUGGUCGUCAAAGAGUCCGUUUCCUGUUCAUCGGAAGUUGAGACAAACUAUUUUACGACUUCACUAAGACAUUAUCUACCACCAAUAUGUAUUCACUGUGGUUCUGCUGAAAACCUCCUGGAUGACUCUGAUCCAUAUAUAUCAUCUUUGUAUGAAGAAUACUCGGUGGUCAGACCAAUAUGUUUUCAAUGCAGAAAUGCAGGAAAAGAUACCAAAAACUUGGGGGGAAAAGUUUGUUUCUAAAAAAGCUAGAACUUAAUUUGUUAGAUAUGAAAUGUAUUUUAGACAGGUUUACAUGUAUAUAUUUAUGUCUCCCCUCUUCCAGGUGUUGUUCCUUCUGUAUGGCUUAUAGGAUACACUUGAAACUUUGUACAAUGCUUCAUUGUCAUUUGUAGAUAGGCAUAUUGUUAGGACAAAUGGAUCCAAUUAUUUUUGGCUGGGUUGUAUAACAUGCAAACGGUUUAUAAAAUGGUGAAAGACGGAAGGGCAGGCAUCCCUGUAAAAGGGUACCUACUUUGUGUAAUCAACUCCUCUCACACCUCUACGUUGAUGAUCUUCAAACUUUGUACAGUUGUUAUGGAUACAUUGAAGAUGUGCAUGUGUCUUUUUGAAAGUGAUCAGACAUUUAAAAAAAAUUACAUGUAUAUGAACUUAGUCAUUUUUUAAGCAUGUCUUGAAUAGACAGCACCUAUUUUUCUAACCAACUCCUCUUACAGCAUUUAUUUAACAUCCUUUAGACUUUGUACAGCUGUUAUGGAAGCAUUGAAGAUGUGCUUGUGUCUUUUUGGAAGUGAUCAGACAUUCUUUGAAAAAUUUACAUGUACAUGAUGUAGUUGAACUUUGUCAUAUUUUAAAGCAUGGUACCUAUUUUGUGUAACAAACUCCUCUCACAGCUUUUACUUAACAUUUUUCAUACCUUGUACAUUAUAGAUGUUAAAAAAACAUUGAAGAUACACGUGUGGCAUUUUAAAAGUGCUUUUUGUACUGCUGUCUAUAUGGUAGAUAAUAUAUUUUAAAGCAACCCAGCCAUUUCUAUUCUUGAAUUGGUUUUCUCAAAAGUUAUAGUGGAUCUAAGAGGGGUGGAGGAUGUAAAAUAGUUUGUGAACACUUCUCCUAUGUGGCUUAUUGGAUAGCCUUGAAAAUUUUACAAUACUGCAUUAUCAUUUAAUGAUGUUCAUGUUGUUCUGACCUAGGGAUCUAAUAUUUUCCUAGGAUUUACAGUGGAUUAAAGAGUGAGUGUUUUAUAGCUUUUUUCACAGGGGUGUGAUUUUUCCUCUUUUCAGAUAAAAUUCUUAUUGGCUAAAUUUUCAACAACAAAAAAAAAAUGAAACACUCUGGGUACACCCUGGUUUUUCUUCUUCAUGUACUAGGGUAUGUUCACUUUAGCAUAACAGUCAUUAUUUUUGUAUCAUAUACAACAAUGACAUAGGUCACAAAGUGCAGUUCAUAAUGUUUAUGUUCCUGCUCAUGAUUUCUCCUUGAUACCAUGCACUACAUGAAGGAGGAGGGGGUUGUAAUUUGGGGAGCACUUUCAAUUUGAGGAGCUGGGAGAGGCAUUCGUUUUUAACAAAACAAAUUUAUACAUGUAUAUUUAGUCUUGAAGUAGCAGUUGCACAUGUAUGUAUACAAAUACAAUUUUAAAUGUAUUCACUGAAUUUUGUUAUUCUUUUAUUCAUGUAUAUACAAUGCUUUGAACAUGUAAACUAUUAAAGCAGUAUAUUACAUUUGGGGUAAAAACUAUGUAUUGCAGAAAACCUGUAUAUUUUACUAAAUCA